ACCCUCAAAAAGUCAAAACAAUGGGCUCGCUCGACAUUGAGCCCGUUUUCGGGUAUAUACACUCAGCCCCAGCGCACGAUAGCCUUGCCUCCUCUUCAUUGUUCAUUUGCCCUACGAGCUUUAUCUUCCUUUUUCUCCCCUCAAAACAACAACAAUAAUCCCCAAAUUUGCCGACGAAUUCGGAUCGAAAUAGUGUCGAAUUCUCCAGAUCUGGAAACUAUUCGUUUUGCUCUCUAAGAAUCCAGCUCCUUUUUUCUGAUUUCAGUUGAUUUGGUAGAGAUACAGAUUUCAAUUGAUUUAGAAGGUGGAUACAGGAAUUCUACUUGGUCUUCUCUGUCCUUUCCAAAAUCAGUUCACCCAAGUCAAGCAGCUAUGUUGCGAUAUGAAGAAGAUGAAUAUGACGAUUAUUUGGAUGAAUAUGAGGAUGAAGGUGUAGAUCAAGAAGAGGAAGAGGCUGGUGAGGAGGAGUACGAGGAUGAAGAGCCUCCACAGCCAUCACAGGAGUUAGAGUUCCUGGAGCUGAGGCAACGGUUGAAAGAGGAUAUCAGGAAGCAGAGGAAGAAAGAACUAGGCAGUGGUUCUCAUGACAUUAAGAAGAGUGCUUCAUCCAGGGAUAAUUUUGGUUCCUUCUUUGGACCUUCACAGCCUGUUAUCUCCAACAGAGUAAUCCAAGAAAGCAAGUUGCUAUUGGAGAAUCCAAAUCUGGCAGCUAAAGUCAUGAAAUCUAGCCAUUCUCAGAGCAAUAAGAGUGUUGCUUCAAAACCUGCUGGAUCAAAAGCUUCCACCAGCAACAACCAUGCACCCAAAGUCAAAACUGGGGUAAUACUUCAGUCAGUGCAAUUUUCUCGAACACUUCAUAUGUACUCAUGGGACUAUUCAUUUCUAUUAUCUGAUGAUGCUGAACUUCCUGGUCCAUCAAGAGGUUCUUUAACUCAGAAAGUGUCUGCCCCUUAUUGUGAUGCACGGUUAGUCCAACGUCCAAGCGGAAAGCAGACUUCAAGUGAUAUUGGGAGAAAGCUUGUAGAUGAUCGUGAAGUGAAAAGAGGUAGCCAAAUGCAACAGAAAGCUGUGAUUCAGAAAUCGAUGUCUAAUAAUAAACCAACUCAACCAACGUUAGACUCUAGGAAACAGUUCAGUAGCAGUAAUGGAAGUGGGCCUGGAAGGUCUUUGGGGCCAAAAGGGGUGCCCCCCAAGGUUACAGGGGAUCUAAAUGAUAAGAAAUUUUUGGCACCAGGCACCAAGAGUACUGUGUCUGUUUCCAAUAGGCCACUUCCUUCAAGAGUACAAUCCGCUGUACCAAAGCAAUCUUCGGUACAGAAAAGGAUACCAAAUGAAUCUGGUAAUUCAAAAGUGAUGUCAAAACAAGGUGUGCCUGUCUCCAAACCUCAGAUUCAGAAACAGCAAGCCUCCAUGUCUAGACCUCAGAUAAAACCACCACCUGCUAGAAAUUUAGCACGUCCCUUGGACGAUAGGCGCCCAACAUUUCAGCAAAGAGAUAGCAGGCGCCCAGCACCUCAGCAAAGAGAUGAUAGGCGCCCAGCACUUCAGCAAAGAGAUGACAGGCGGCCAGCACUCCAGCAAAGGGAUGACAGGCGCCCAGCACUUCAGCAAAGGGAUGAAAGGCGCCCAUCACUUCAGCAAAGGGAUGACAGGCGCCCAUCACUUCAGCAAAGGGAUGACAGGCGCCCAGCACAUCAGCGAAAAGAUGAAAGGCGCCCAGCACCUCAGCAAAAAGAUGACAGACGCCCAGCACUUCAUCGGAAAGAUGAUAGAUGGCCAGUAAGAAAACCAAUGAGAUAUGAUGAAGAAGAUGAUGGAGAAGAAGCUAUUAGUAUGAUUAGGAAGAUGUUUGGGUAUAAUCCUAACAGGUACCGUGAUGACGACGAUGAUAGUGACAUGGAGGCUAAUUUCGAUGAGAUUUUGAAGGAAGAAAGGCGGAGUGCGAAAAUAGCUAGAGAAGAGGAUGAAGAAGAACUCCGGAAAAUAGAAGAAGAAGAAAGGCGUGAGCGGCUGAGAAAGCAGGCAAAGAAGCGCAAGUUGAGCCAUCAAUGACGAAGAUAAAUUGUUUUUACUUUGUCGAUGAGCACCUUUAGAAAGGUUUGUUGUAACCUUUUCUGUUCGGCUGGUUAUAGGGCAGGAUAAUGAUGGGGGGGGGGGGGGGGUUUGAGGGUGGAAUUGUACAGUCUGCAGCUUAGUUUUUGCAUUGAUUUUGUAUCUAUUGGUUUAUUUGUUGGGGUUUAUUGUCCAAUUAGUUUAUGGCAGAAAUUCUUCUCAUACUUGCAACAAUAAUGGUGGCCCCAAAGCUGAAUCUGGUACCCUAAGCGUCGGAGGGUGAUCGUUAAUUUAAAAUAUCGGAGCUUCUAGCA